AUGCUAACAAAAAUAGCUGCGCAAAAUGCAAUGAGGCGUUUAAAUAUAAAAUGCAAUCAUUUAAGAUAUGUGACUUCGUUAAACAAUUAUAUAUUUAAGUUUUCUAGGAGAUAUAUGUCUGCGGAAUCUCAAAAAAUGGAAUUUAAAGCUGAGACUAAGAAGUUACUGCAAAUUGUUGCUCAUUCGCUGUAUAAGGACAAAGAAAUUUUUGUUAGGGAACUAAUUAGUAACGCUUCCGACGCUUUGGAGAAGUUGAGAUUCCUUGAAGCAAUUCAACAAGAAUUGGUUAACUCUAAAUUGGACCCCGAAAUGCCGCUUAAAAUUGUUGUAAAAGUGGAUAAAGAUGCUAAAACUUUUACCAUACAGGAUACGGGUAUUGGAAUGACCAAAGAUGAUGUAAUUGAAAACCUAGGAACGAUAGCCAAAUCUGGAUCUCUUGCCUUUAUUGAACAACAAGGAUUGAGUAAUGACGACAAGGGGAAUGCCAUAAUUGGACAAUUUGGUGUAGGGUUCUACUCCUCAUUUGUGGUAUCGAAUAAAGUGGAGGUUUUUACUCGCAAUUACAAUGGAUUGCCCGGUGUUCAUUGGGUUUCAGAUGGCAUGGGUGAAUUUACAAUAAGCGAAAUCAAUGAAUCUCCACGAGGAACAAAGAUUGUUUGCCACUUACGAGAUGACUGUGUCGAUUUUUGCGAUUUUAACAAAAUAAAAACGGUUUGCGAAAAAUUCUCAAGUUUCAUCAGUUUCCCUCUGUACAUAGAAAAGGAAGGGAAAGAAGUAGAAGUCACUUCGCAAAAGGCUUUAUGGUUGCAAAAUGAUGCGAGCGAUGAAGAACAUACGGCUUUCUUUAGACAUCUAAGUAAUACAAGUUGGGGAGAACCAUUUUAUAAGUUCUACUACAAAACGGAUGCACCACUGUCCAUUAAGUCCCUGUUUUAUAUUCCAGAAGACGCCCCAAACCGAAUGUUUCAAGCUGGCAAUAACGAUGUAGGCGUCUCUCUUUACUCCAAACGCGUGCUAAUUAAAAAAUCAGCUGAUAGUAUCAUCCCCAAGUGGCUAUUCUUUAUAAAAGGAGUGAUAGAUUGUGAUGAUAUGCCCCUAAACGUGUCCCGAGAGGAGAUGCAAAAUUCGCUGCUUAUUGGCAAACUUGGAAAGACAAUCGUACUCAGAGUGUUAAAAUUCCUGCAUGAUGAAGCAAAAAGAGAUGUUGAUAAGUACAAUAAGUUUUACAACAAAUACUCUUAUUACAUCAAAGAGGGCUUGCUAGAUCAGGCACAUACCAAUGGGCCUUACAAGGAAUCCCUUGAGGCACUACUUCGCUUUGAAUCCUCAUUGGGAAGUGAAAACGAAUUAGUGUCACUUGAUCAAUAUAUACAGACUAUGAAGGAGGGACAGCAAAAUAUAUACGUAUUUUGCGCAUCCAACCGCGCCACCGCUAUGGCAUCCCCCUAUAUGGAAAUUUUCAAUAGAAGAGAACGCAAUGUGUUGUUGAUGUAUGAUGAAAUUGAUGAAUUCGUCGCCAUGAACAUACAAAAAUAUAAAGACAAGAAAAUUGUCUCUAUUGAUUCGCCUGAGGAUGAUUUUGAACCCAAUCUAGAGCAGUUGGACACCACUGACGACUUGAAAACACUUUCUGGCGAAGAACAAGACAAAGUUGUAUCAUUCUUCAAGGAGGUAAUACCUAAGGUAUCAUCUGUUAAGUUUUCGGAUCGCCUAGUAGAUUCACCAGCGGUAGCCACAGGUUUCUUAUCAUCUGCUCUGAGGAAGGUGAUGAAGGCGACCAUGAAGGGUUCCACCGAGGGCAAUAACAGCUUGAAUGACUUGCCCUGUUCAAUUGAGUUGAACAGCAAACAUAUCAUAAUAACACAACUGCACAAGUUGAUAGACUUCAAUCGUCCAGUUGCAGAAAUUGUUGCAAAACAAGUGUAUGACAAUGCUUGUAUUGCAGCUGGGAUAGUUGAUGAUCCAAGGAUUAUGCUUGACCGCCUAAACAAGCUGGUUGAAAGUGUUGUCAAGUAUGCCACUGUACACGACUCUACAAACUGA